CAUUAUAGACCUAUAGAAUACGAUAUAAUUCAGGUAGCCGUUUUUUCUCUCUGCCUUCUAAUGUGUAAAUUGGAUCUACUCGUAAAAUUGCGUAUUUAUUCAUUCUCCAUAUAUAGUUUACCCUGUGUUAUGAUAGCUGCUGUCAUAACUCGAAUUAGAUCACUGUGA